AUGGGACAAUGUACCCACACACGUAAAGACUGGUCACCCUGGUGGAGGCUGGAUUUGAAAUCAGAGCAUAAAAUCUUCUCUGUUGCACUAACAAACCGAGGCGACUGUUGCACGAAUCAGAUAAACAGUGCUGAGAUCCAGAUUGGGAACUCUAAUGAACGAGGUGGAAUAAAGAAUCCAAGAUGUGGGACAGUUUUCCGCAUGGAUUAUGAGGAAACCCUCUCAUUUGAUUGUGAAAGAAUGCAAGGGCAGUAUGUGACAGUGACCAUUCCCGGGUGAGCUGAAUAUCUCAGUCUGUGUGAAGUGCAGGUCUUUGGUCUGUCCGUGAGUCCUUUAACUACGAUUUCUGUCCUACGUCUCCUUGGAAAAGGCUUUAUUUUCCCAGAAGAAACAGACACUAGCUAUGUAGUCCUGUCUCCAGCACAGCCCUUGAGUCUUGGCGCAUUCACACUUUGCAUGAAGGUGGCCCCAGAGUUACCGCCCAAACGGGAAAUCAUUCUUUUCUCCUACCGCACCAAGUAUUAUGAUGAACUCAAUGUGUGGCAAGAGUUUAAUGGCACCUUUAGUUUGUACCUGAGUGGUCCUGGGGUGCACUUCACCCUCCCCAAACUCAACACCUUUUGGAGUCACAUGUGUGUGACCUGGGAAUCCAAAUCUGGUCUCACAGCCUUUUGGGUAAAUGGUAAAAGGAGCUUAAGAAAAGUGCUGAGACCAGGGCAUAGGAUCCAACCACAGGGCAUUGUCAUGCUGGGGCAAGAUCCGGACACAUUCUGGGGCAGCUUUGAGAAGACCCAAAGCUUUGUGGGAGAAAUAAGUGACCUUUAUAUAUGGGACCGUGUCUUAUCACCCUCCAUUAUCCAGAAUGUUUACCUGGACCACUCAUUUCCCAAGGGAAAUAUUUUUGACUGGAAAUCAUUAUCAUAUAAGUGUACAGGAAAUGUGAUUGUGCCAUCCAAACCGUAA